AUGCUUUUCUACUCCUUCCUGCCUUAUCUCAACAUCUCAAGACAUCUCUUUCAAAAUCAUUUGUCAUUUGAGCUCUGCUGUGUGACAGUAAGUGGACUCUAAUCCAGGAUGAAUGAAUGCUACUAUGACAAGCGCAUGGACUUCUUUUAUAACAAGACGAAUGCUCACACGGUAGAUGAGUGGACAGGGACACAGCUUAUCGUUGUUCUGUGUUUUGGGACGUUUUUCUGCCUCUUCAUUUUCAUUUCAAAUUCGUUGGUCAUAGCAGCUGUGGUCAAGAACAAGAGGUUUCAUUUUCCCUUCUACUAUCUCCUGGCCAACUUAGCCGCUGCAGAUUUUUUUGCUGGAAUUGCAUAUGUCUUCUUGAUGUUCAACACCGGCCCGGUGUCUAAGACAUUAACUGUUAACCGCUGGUUUUUGCGUCAGGGUCUUCUGGACACCAGCCUGACAGCUUCCCUGGUGAAUCUCCUCGUCAUAGCUGUUGAGCGGCACAUGUCCAUAAUGCGGAUGAAGAUCCACAGUAAUCUCACAAAGAAGAGAGUCACCUUUUUAAUUAUGUCUAUUUGGGCUAUUGCUAUUUUCAUGGGUGCUGUUCCUACCCUGGGUUGGAACUGCCUCUGUGACAUUACUGCCUGCUCAUCCCUGGCACCUAUUUACAGCAGAAGUUACUUGGUGUUCUGGAGUGUCUUAAACCUAGUUGUCUUUUUCAUUAUGGUGGUAGUUUACAUAAGAAUCUACAUGUACGUCCAGAGGAAAACUAACGUCUUGUCGUCACACACGAGUGGAUCCAUUAGCCGUAGGAGAACCCCUGUGAAGCUUAUGAAGACUGUCAUGACUCUCUUAGGUGCUUUUGUUGUCUGCUGGACCCCUGGCCUGGUUGUCUUACUGCUCGAUGGUCUGAACUGCACCUACUGUGGGAUUCAGAAUGUUAAAAGGUGGUUUCUUCUCCUGGCCCUAUUGAACUCUGUCAUGAAUCCAAUAAUUUAUUCAUACAAGGAUGAUGAAAUGUGGAGUACCAUGAAGAGGAUGAUUUGCUGCUCCUCUGAGGACAAGAGCCAGGACAGACGCUCAUCACGGAUCCCCUCGACAGUUCUCUGCAGGAGCACAGACACCUCAGGGCACUACAUUGAAGAUGGCAUUAUUCAAGGGACAAUUUGUGGAAAAGGAGAUCUUGGUGAAAAAGGAAGCUCCUGA